AAGCAUCAAAAUCAUAACAACCGCCAUUUUUAUUAUCACCGAUUGCAGCAGUGAGCACGGACUUUUGUGAAAAACUUGACCAAAGAAAAGCUUGUACAAGCGGUUACAGUGAAGAAAUCCCCGGUCUGUAAACGCCUUCGACGUGUACCGUGUGUACGAAAGUGUAUAGUUUGCUGGUGGUGACCGCGGUCGUUGUUUUCGGUUCCAAGAUACAUUCCGCCAAAGAGAAUUUUUACGGUGGCAAUCAUCUUCCAGCGCUUGCCGUAAGUUUGCCUAUGCAUGUGUGUGUGCGAAGGGUUAACGCGAGAGCGAGAAGAAAGAGAUAGACAUUGAGCGCGCGUACGAAAAGGAAGCGCAAACACACGCACCACCAUAGUGACGAAAGUGACGCGCGGUCGCUUCACAAAAACACUUGAAGCAGUUUUCAUCCGAUACCCGUAGGGCACGCCGGAAAAGCUGUUCGGCUAGCACUUUGAGUUGCAUUGGUGCUUUUGACUACGUGUGCAUAAUUGUCACAUUAAGCGUGGCCACCCCCAGCCACCAUCAUCGUCGUCGGCUUGGCGUCGGCUUAUCGGACGGCUUAAUUGAUUGAGUGUGUGCGUGUGGAAGUGCGUACGCGCGGGCAGCAGCCAGUCGAAUAUAUACGUCGAAGAGUGCGGGUCGAGUGCUGCGACGACGAGUCAGCCCGAAAAAGCGGAUCCCGGAGGUGGAAUCCUUCAAGUGCAGGCACAGCGGAAGCAGAAUAGCAAACAGCAAGCGCGCGGUGGUACAGUUUCCAAGCAGCGACUAGCAUUAAACAAACAACAAUGUCCGACAGCACGGGUUACGCUGUUAACGAUCUCGUUUGGGCCAAAAUGAAGGGAUUUUCGCCCUGGCCCGGCCGCAUCUCGGUUCCACCGGCAGAACUGCGGAAAAUUGCAGUCAAAAAGAAUAACCCAGUGAAGUGUAUUUUCUUCUUCGGUUCCAACAACUAUGCUUGGAUCGAGGAAACGCAAAUCAAGCCGUAUCUGGAGUUCAAGGAAACGCUGCUCAACUCCUGCAAAACUGCCCAGUUCAAAGAGGCUUUGAAACAGAUAGAAGAAUUCCGUGUAAAUCCGGAGAAAUUUCAGCCGCUGUUUGUAGGAGAAAACGAAGCCGCUAACCGGCCGGAUCCGGACGAAGAAUUUAAUAGACUCCGUGAAGGCGUUGCCAGCGGUACAGAGGAAAGUGGAGCCGAGGAUGCAGCCUCGGUUAACAACACGUCGACCCCCGCCGUCCUGGAAUCGGUGGAAGAUGCCACCUCGACGCCGAUGGUAAAGAAGUCAGCCAAGAAGAAAGUACGUGCUUCGUUGCCAAUCAAGUUGAACGUGGAUAAGGUGGCAUCGGUCACGAAGGUGCGUUCGGUAGGCAACAAGGCGAAAGCCACGCUAGAUGAUGGUGUGACAAGCGCGCCAUCCCCUAAACGCAAGAAGAAACUGUUGAAUGAUUCCGGUGAAUUGGCUUCCCUGGAUAUCGAUAGCUAUGCUAGUCCGGUUAGACGCAAUGCGCCGGUGACGCAUCUGCUGAACCGUCCGGUCACUGUCACCCGACCAGCGACGCCCGAAAUCGACAUGUCAAGCGUUUCGAAUGCGGUACAAUCGCGCAAUAUCAAAGCAUCUCAGCUGAAGUUCGGUUUUCUCGGGCUGGGCGUAAUGGGUUGCGGGAUUGUAAAAAAUUUGAUCAAAUCGGGCCAUUCGGUUGUGGUUUGGAAUCGGAGCGCUAACAAAUGUCGCAAGUUCCAGGAGGUCGGUGCAGAGGUUGCGGAUACCCCGUCCGAUGUGGUAGAAAUGACUGAUGUCACAUAUUCUUGCGUGUCUGAUCCGCAGGUUGCAAAGGAUAUGGUGUUUGGGAAUUGCGGCGUUAUGUCGGCAAAUCUGGCCGGCAAGGGUUACGUGGAGAUGACUGGUGUCGAUCCGGAAACUUCCAAUGACAUCAAUGAAGCAAUCAUCUCCAAAGGAGGACGUUAUUUGGAAGCACAAAUACAAGGCUCGAAGAACCAAGCGGAGGAGGGAACGCUUAUCAUUCUAGCGAGUGGCGAUCGAUUGCUGUUCGAGGAGUGUCAAAGCUGUUUCGAAGCAAUUUCCCGCAACUCAUUCUACCUGGGUGACGUUGGUAAUGCAACAAAGAUGAAUCUGAUUCUGCAGAUGAUUUCCGGAAUAACGCUUGCCGGUGUAGCAGAAGCGAUGGCACUAGCGGACCGUGCUGGACUGCAGCAGAAGGACGUACUGGAGGUGCUAGAAUUAACUAGCAUGUCCUCAGAAAUGAUGUUGCAGAAAGGAAAUGCAAUCAUCAAGGGCGAAUUUCCGACUCAUCAGGCAUUAAAGCACAUGCAGAAAGACCUCAAACUCGCGCUAAGUCUAGCGGACGGAUUGGAGCAAUCGUUGCCUAUUACGGCCGCUUCGAACGAGGUGUACAAACACGCCAAACGUCUUGGCUACGGAUCGCACGACGCCAGUGCCGUCUAUGUAAGGGCGCGGUUUUAACAGCGACCUGGUGGACGACCGUCGUAGAGUGCUGAGUACCGUGUAGCAGAAAAUGAACCCCCACAUAUAGGAUGGAAGAUGAUGAUGGUAUGGUAGUGCCGCGUUUAGUGUGAAGUUAACGGCAACUUAGAUGCAAAUCGUAUGACGCAAUGUACGAUGAAACGACGCAUCUUUAUACAGGUGCAAAUGUGUCUUGCUAUUAAUCUAUCGUAGCCCAGGUUUCGGCACCGUUGGUUUAUAGGUUCAACAGAUUGGGAAUAACUCUUUUUGUGUUAAAUAGAAAGUGCUUGUUGCAUUUUGGAUUUAAGACCAGCAUAUUAUGUUGACACAUAGCGACACAUACUUCCCGGAUGUUGUUACAGAUGUAAGGUUUUGUCUUCAAAAGGAACUUAUACAAAGUUUUAAUUUGUUUUUUUUUUCUCAUUCGUAAUAUCCUUUGUGGUUCGAUAACAUAUAAAAGUCUAUCAUGAACUUUAGUAAAAGUGUUAACAUUUUCAUUGUAUCUAACGAGUUUGUUAGCAUACUGCUCGCUAGCAAAUGAUACCCCAAUUCUAUGCAUUUAUUAAUAAAAAUGAAUUUAAUCGCUCGGUAAACAAAAAUUAAUUAGGACACUGGCAGUCGAAACAAAAUUACGAAGGGCUCCUAGACUAUAAGCAAACACAAAUGCACGUUCGAAGCUGCAAUAGGGAAUCCUGUUGAAGGUAUAUAUAUAUAUAUUUUUAAAUUUGGAAAUUGUUUUUCCUCCUUUUAGUUUUCUUUACAUGUUCAACAUAUUUUCUCUUAGAUUUAACGAAAGCAAAAGAUAACUAAACUGUUUAUAGAAAUCCGUACAAUUUCUACAAAGCAGUAGAAAAGAGUUUGUGUUUAUAGCGAGCUAGGGAUAGCAGGAAAGCUAUAGGUGGCAGAUAGUAUCCCAAAUUUUUAUAUCUUUUAGUUAGAUUUCAUUAGCGCGCACGUGUGAAGCUGAAAUAGUAUCUUGUUGCUGCACAUGCAUAGUUGUUUUAUUUCUUGUAUUGUGGUUCAAAAUUCGGUCUCCAAGUUCGAUUCGAUUCCGGUAAAAUCAGUCAUCUUUACAACAGGCCAGGGUAAAUUGUAACUCAUCAUUUACACAGAAGCAUAUUUGGAAGUACCCGAGACUCGACACUUUGCUUGUUAUGCGAAAUCCGCACGGAUUCUACAAAUUUUGGAAACGUUCUAGACGUCUAAGGAAUUUGAUAAAACCCAUUCUUAGUUAAUGUGAAAAAAAGUUUUCAUUGACGUAUGAUUUUAACCCGUACAUGGCUAUCAUACGUAAGUUCAUUCGUAAUCUUAAGCAGUCAGCAAAUGUUUGAGUCUCGCAUACUUUCAAGUGCACAUCGUGUGUGUGUGUGGGGAUGUAGAGUGCAAAAGAAGUUAUCGUGUAAGUACAACAUUUCAUCGCUAUUCUAUGGACUGACUUUUAGCGAAUGAAGGAUGAAGAAGUAAAAAAAAUCGAUAGCAGAAAGUAUACAAGCAAGUCCCCGAAUCAAUGUUGCGAAACGACAAGGUAAAUCCAUAACUAUAGUAAAACAAAAGCCGACACCCUAGGGCUGUAGAUUCGAAGAGGUUUGUGAAGAGGUAGAAAUAUUUUUUGGCAAAAGAAAAUACAAAUAAAACAACACCUCUUUACACCACUUGCUAGUGUGCAGUCAACUCUAAACAAAAGAGCUUUGUAAGAUAAAUCUCUUUUAGGAAAGAAGCAAAAGUGCAAAUGUCGACACACGCAUAAACUAAUUGGCGCGCUAUAGGCGCAUUACUUUCGAUUAACCAGGAUGGAAUAAGAAAAAAGAAAAUGGAUCAUACGUUUUCUGAGCUCGCUGUGAGAGUACAUCUUACUUCAUACAUGGUGCCGUUUCAUAUGAAUAACACCAUUUUACGUUUUGCAUUCUUUACGGGCGAGAAGAGGAAAAAGGAAACUAACUACACGUGACGAAACGAAUGCAAAUAAUAAGAAAUGUGAGAAUAAAUAAAUGUUAAUUCACGUAUCGGUACAUACAACGGCAAUGAGA